UCUCCGUCUCUAGUUUCCCACGCAAACCCUCCGUCAAAGCUCUCGAUCCAUCUCCAUUCUGCCCUGCAUUGGCUGAGGUUGCUCUUUGGUUCGCCGAUUGGUGGUGGUGGAGGUGGUGGAGGAGGAGGAGGAAUCUCUGCUCCGCCAGCCCCCUGCUCGAUUCGCUUGAAUCCCUCCUCGAAUCAGAUCCCCCUUUUCGGGAUUCGAAGAUGGUGCUCUGGGUUUUCGGCUACGGGUCUCUGAUUUGGAACCCGGGAUUCGAGUUUGAUGAGAAGAUAAUAGGUUUCAUCAAGGAUUACAAGCGUGUUUUUAACCUAGCUUGCAUCGACCACAGAGGCACACCGGAGAAUCCUGCGAGAACCUGCACUUUGGAACCCACGGAAGGAGCCAUUUGCUGGGGUGCUGCUUAUUGUGUCAGAGGAGGCCUGGAAAAGGAAAUAGCAGCAAUGAAGUAUUUGGAGAGAAGAGAAUGCGAAUAUGAUAUCCAAACUCACUUGGACUUUUACAGAGAAGGAGAGACUUCGGAACCAGCUUUAACAGGAGUCUUAGUAUUUAUAUCGACAAUGGACAAGGAAGCCAAUAAAUAUUAUUUGGGUCCAGCUCCAUUGGAUGAAAUGGCAAGUCAAAUAGCUACGGCCAAUGGGCCUUGUGGAAACAACAGGGAUUAUCUCUUUUUGCUAGAGAAAGCAAUGUCGAACAUAGGUCAUGAAGACGACUAUGUAAUCGAGCUAGCCAAUGAAGUGAGAAAUGUGCUUGAUAGUUUGAAAGUUCAGACGCCCGUUGACGUUCAGUCUCCUACUAAAGUUCUGCCUCUUAGAAGUUCAGUCGCCUACUAAAGUUCCGCCUCUACGCACACGCACUUCCUUCCUAUCAAAUCCCUCUCAGAAGCCACUGUUGUGGAUUCACGAAUCGAUUUACAAGGAGAAAAAACACAAAGAGCUCGGUAGUUGCUGAUUAAUUUCCCUCUUUCUUUAACCAGUUGCAUCUAACAUCACUAGCUCUAAAGCUUCAUACCAAUUGCUAGAGAGAUUAUUGUUGUCCACGGGAAUCAGAAAUUGUUUCAAUUAUCAUCAGUAGUAAGGAAAAGGGCUCAAUACUCCUAUACUUCAUACUCUCAUUUUUGACUUUAUACAAAGGGAAAAAAACUGCAUUAUCUCA